AUGUAUUAUUAUAAUACACUCUGUUCCAUCUUCAUACACACACUCUCUCUGUGAUUGGUUCCUCGGUUGUUCGAUGAGCCCUAGAUCUCACAUACUCAUACUAUAAUUAUAUAUAUACACGUACGUACAGAAGCAUACACGCAGAUCCUUCUGCUACAAGAUUCAACUCCUCCCGAUCUCUAUUUUUUUUUGUUCUUCCUUCCUCCUCCUCCAGCUCGCCGCCGUUCGAAUCAAUCAGCUGCAGAUCAAUUGCAAACAUCUCCAUCUUCGUUGAAUAUUCAGCUUCUUACUGGAUCCAUUGUUUCAGCCUGCUUUAGGCAGAUAAGUGGUGUUACUUUGGUGUAAUUUUGGACUUAGAGGCGAGUUUUGAAAUAAAUUGUGGGAAUUGACCUGUGAUGCGUCAUUUCUAGAUGAAGUCAACUAAGGCCUGGCGUCUGGGCAUGAAAGACGCAUCAACAUUGCCAAUGGCUCGACAGCGCGGUCAAUCAAAGAAGCCCACAUGGAUUAUCGUAUUGGUUUCAUUAGUCUGUUUGUUCUUAGUUUGUGCAUAUGUCUAUCCUCCUCAGAAUUCUUCGGCAUGUUAUGUGUUCUCAUCUGGUGGCUGCAAGGGAAUACAAUGGCUCCCCCCUGCACCUACCAGAGAGCUAUCCGAUGAUGAAAUCGCUUCUCGUGUUGUAAUUAAAAGUAUUUUGAAAAUGGCCCCUGCUUUAUCAGAGACUCCCAAAAUUGCCUUCUUAUUUUUGACACCCGGUGCUUUGCCAUUUGAGAAGCUAUGGGACCAAUUUUUCCAGGGCCAGGAAGAUAGAUUUUCUGUGUACGUGCAUGCUUCGAAAGAUAAACCUGUGCAUUUUAGCCGUUAUUUUAUCAACCGGGAAAUUCGUAGUGACACGGUAGAAUGGGGUAAAAUAUCAAUGGUGGAUGCAGAAAGACGACUUUUGGCAAAUGCACUCAAAGAUCCAGACAACCAGCAGUUUGUACUACUCUCUGACAGCUGCAUACCACUUCGCCAUUUUGAUUAUGUGUACAACUAUCUCAUGUACACGAAUGUCAGCUUUGUAGAUUGCUUUGAGGAUCCUGGUCCACAUGGAAGUGGCAGGUAUGUUGAGCAUAUGCUUCCUGAAGUCGAAAAGAAAGACUUUCGAAAGGGUGCACAGUGGUUCACAAUGAAGCGGCAGCAUGCUACUAUAAUCAUGGCUGACAGUCUCUACUUCACAAAAUUCAGGGAUCAUUGCAAGCCAGGCAUGGAGAGGAAUAUCAACUGCUACUCCGACGAACACUAUUUGCCGACGUUUUUCUAUAUGCUUGAUCCAGCUGGAAUAGCCAAUUGGUCAGUAACACACGUUGAUUGGUCCGAAAGGAAGUGGCAUCCGAAAUCAUACCAAGCACAGGAUAUUACAUUAGAGCUGAUGAGAAAUAUUACAUCGAUUAUGGAGAGUGUGCAUCUUACAAGUGACGAUAAGAUAGAAUAUAGGACGACACCUUGCGUGUGGAAUGGAAUCGAACGGCCGUGUUAUUUAUUUGGAAGGAAAUUUUUACCGGAUACUUUAGAUAAUUUACUGUCUCUUUUCCCAAACUAUACGUCGUUUGAGUGAGAUUUGGAUGCUCCCCGAAGAUGGAUUUUUUUUAUUAGAGUGCAACGAGCGAAACCGGGACGGAGACUAAAGGCUGUCUUCGACCUGAAUGAAGGUCCAGAAAUGGCUAUAAUUUUGGGGAGACAAUUUUUAUUUUUGAUUAAAUUUUUCCACCCUGGUUUUGGCUAAUUUAUUUUUUUUACUUUAUGGACAAAAACCCCUGGGGACUUUACUGCAGCUCUAUAGCUGCCAUUAUUACAAGUUGCAAAUAUGUUUUUGUUUUUGUCUUUUUUCCUUUUUAACUUAAAUUUGGACAAUUUUUUAGCCAAUUUUC